UUUUUGAAAAACUUUCUUAAACGCUUUCUCGACGAAUCUAACUCGAACUCUACGUUGGGUACAUGGAUUCGCGUUGCUCCUGCCGAAUCCAAGACUUCGUGUAUCAAGAAUAUCCCUGUGUUCCAACGAGAAACGUGAAAGACAGUUGGAUACCUACAGCCAAACUAGACCUUUUCGCCUCUGUCCUACGAAACAUCGAGAAGCUCGCAUAGCCGGUGUCUAUCCUAUCGAGAAAGCUUGCCAACGGCGAGUCGAUCUUUCGGCCGAUGACAGCCGAUGACAGCCGAUACAACCAACUGUCGUUCGACGAUCGUUCGCUGAUUCGUCUGCAUACGAUUUAAAUCUCCGUUGAUCGAGCGAAACAUCGUGAAUCGAUAACGACACGACUCGACGUAUCGGAUAGCUUUUACCGAUUUCAUCGAAUACGUAUACACACGCGCGUAUAUAUACAUAUAUAUAUAGAAAUUGGUUUCUUAAAGGGCACGUUCUGGUUAGUUGUCGAGGGCACCGAGAUACGAUAUGGAAAUCGACACGAGUAACAGAACGAACAGGUCGACCGAGGAGUUAGCCAAGCGACGCGUCUCCAUUAGCGAUCAGAUCCUCGGCAUGGAUAAUCCCAACUUUGAUCAUCAUCGGCGCAUAAGCGCCAGCUCCGAGUAUAAUUCCGAUCAGGGUCGCGGCAAAUCGAUACUGCAGCAUGGAAGUAGUAACUAUGGUAGCGCGGAGAAUAUUCCGCAGCACAAGUUCGAUCUCGAGAACGGCAGGAUCAACGGAAACAGGAAGAAGUCCGCGCAUAGCUUGACCAGCUCCAUUAGGGACAAGCUCGAGUACUCGGAGGAGUUGGAACGAUCAUGGUUGUACCUGUUUUGCGCGCGAUGCCACGGUCGCGACGAUACGCCAUCGUGGGAGCCGACGGGUUGGAGGAAAGCCUGUCCGCAACCGUUUUGUCCAACCUACCGAAAAUUCGCUCGUCUAUUGUGCCUGUUCUUGUUAGGGCUGCUGCUCUGGGGCAUCGUGUAUACGAUACUAAAAGAUGACGCCGCCCCCGGUGGUCAGCUUUUCGGCCUCGCCACCCUUUGCUUAGCGGCGCAUUUUGGCGGAUGGCUAUUCUCCUUGACCACCCUUCCUGCUCUGAUCGGCAUGUUGAUCACUGGGAUUAUACUGCAGAAUGUCGGCCUGGUCUCCAUCGAAGGCAACUACGUCACCGUUGUCUCCAAUUUGCGAAAGGUCGCUCUAGUUAUCAUCCUUACCAGAGCCGGUUUGGACUUGGAUCCAAACGCCUUGAAGAGGUUGAAAGUUACGGUGCCGAAGCUCGGUCUAAUUCCAUGGGUGGUCGAAGCACUCGUCGUAGCUGUACUAACCACAUAUCUUCUUCAUUUGCCCUGGAUAUGGGGUCUCUUGCUUGGAAGCGUAGUAGCUGCUGUUUCGCCGGCCGUUGUAGUACCUUGCCUCUUCAGGUUACGUGCCAAAGGUUACGGAGUUGCCAAGGGCAUUCCAACUUUGAUCAUCGCUGUGUCUGGAAUCGAUGACGCAGCAUCAGUGGCGAUCCAUGGGAUAAUAAAGAGCAUCAUGUUCUCCCACGAUGCGCUCUGGUAUCAGAUCCUCCAGGGUCCUAUUGCCAUUCUCGGAGGUCUUGGAUUUGGAGUCCUAUGGGGUUGGCUGGCUAAAUAUGUUCCGGAAAAGGGAGAUCCUUUCAUGGUGCCUAUGAGAGUACUGAUGUUAUUAGGAGGUGGGUUACUGGCAGUAUUCGGAAGCGAGGCGAUCGAGCUAGGGGGUGCCGGACCUUUAGCGGUAGUCGCAGCGGCCUUCGUCAGUUGCUACUUUUGGCAGACACAAGGCUGGGAAGUCGACGACAACCCAGUGGCAACAGCCUUCGAGAUCUUCUGGAUGAUCUGCGAACCGAUUCUGUUCGGUGUAACGGGUGCUCAAAUCAAGAUCGACGAACUGGAGGGGAAAACGGUGUACUUGGGCGUAAGCUGCCUGCUAGCAGGUAUAGUAAUUCGCAUCAUGGUGACCAUCCUUGUCGGAAUCGGCUCGAAACUGAACCUCAAGGAAAAAGUAUUCAUCGCUUUAUCGUGGAUGGCGAAGGCAACCGUGCAAGCUGCGCUUGCACCCACUACUCUCGAUAAGGUGGACCCGAAUGACCCGGAACAGGUGUACUAUGCCGAGACUAUGGUGACCAUGUGCGUCCUGUCGAUUCUCCUCACCGCUCCAGCCGGUGCGAUCAUUAUCUCGCUGACAGGGCCGAAACUUUUAAAGAAAACCACGGUUCCUACGGCAUCGCCCGAGGGCUGGAAAGCACGCAGACCCUCGAUUCGAGACAUUUCCAUCAUCAACGAAGACCCAGACCUCGAGGAGACCGCAACCGAGAGGAAGGCUUGAGGCGUUCCCCUUGAACGGGCACGGACGUGUCACCCUUUUCUCCCUUUCUCCCUAUUUCACCUCUCUCUCUCUCUCUCUCUCUCUCUCUCUCUCUCUCUCUCUCUCUCUCUCUCUCUCUCUCUCUCUCUCUUUGUAGAUCUUCUAGCAGGCAUUUCGCAUUUCGUUUGUAUUUUAUUCCGUUACUUUGUGUAUCUUUGUGUAUCAAGUUGUAUCGUAUAUCAAGGAAAAGGUGAUUGGGCUCCCUUGACGAGAUCAUGGAAAACGUACGUGCUGUUAUGCGUUCGUGUACAUAGAUCGAAAUGAAACGAACUUGCGAAAUUGCACCGAUCAAGGUUAGCUUGACGAUAUACCGUCUCUUAUUCACGGAUACACGGUCAUCGUUGAUAUUUUUAUUUCCGAUAUUUUGUGCUCAUCCGCGGUAUAUUCGCCAACUAUGUCUAUUUAGAGCACGACGCGUUGUUUUUCAAUAGAUUUUUAGUUCGUACAUUCACGGUCGGUUGUUUUAAAUUCUACAUAGGUGAUUUAGCAGACAAAGUGGGUUGUUUCAAAUAUUACGUAGAUAAAUAGAUAGACGGGGUUGGAUGAAAUGUUUUCGACUGGUCAGCUUGGACGAUUGUUAUUAUCUUCUGACGAACAAGCCCUUCGUCUUAUUAUUUUUACUCCCAUAUUCGAAUAAGAUAAACACGUUAGAGAAUAAUUUGGAUAAAAUCGUGGAAGAAACUUACUUAGCGCAUCGUCGAUCAGAAUCGAAUAUCAAUCGUACCAGCUAGAUUCAUAGAGAUUAAAAAGCGUAUUAAUACAUCGUUAUUACAUCAUUUUUCCCGACCAUGCUAACGUCUUACACGGACUAAUCUUUUAACGAACCGAUCGUUGUUGCUACAAAAUGAACGGAGAAAAUGUACAGAGGAAGACUUAGGAUAAUGCAGAAAACUGUUUUAUUCCGACAAAAUCUGUCCUCGAUACAAUAAGAAUAAUAAUAAGAAUAAUAAUAAUAAUAAUGGUAAUGAUGAUGAUGAUGAUGAUAAUAAUUAGAAUAUAAGCAAAGAACGUUCGUUAAACUUAAUUCGAUCGUUAAAGAUAAUAACCCUAUGGGUUAGGGGUAACAAAAUAUUAAGCAAAAAGAAAAGAAACUUUUCUACAUUAUUUUAAUUUUUUUCUUUUUGCCGAAUCCAACGGUCUAGAAUACCGAACAUAGAAUUACAAAAUUUCGUUAUUAUCAAAGAUAAUAUUAUCAAAGAUAAUAUUAUCAAAGAUAAAAAGAGAAUAACACCGAGAUACUUUCUCGCUCCUUUUCGCUACUCGCAAAUAAUGGAAUGCAGCGAAAAAGAGUGGAGGGUAUCCCGUUUUUUCACACCCAUACAUCAAAUUAAUAUUAUUUGGUAUUACUUAACGAUCCUUUGUGAUUCGAUAAUUCUCUAUGGCCAGUGAUCGCGAAAAGUUAAAUUAACGUUCCCUAUUUCUUCUCUUUACCGUCCAACAUGACCAACAGAAACCGUAAUAUAACGUGUAGAUUAAAAAACUUUGAAACGUAUCCGAGCAUCGAUACGUCUUCUGCUUCGAAGCGUCGGUUGACAUCUCGAUUCUAGUUCCAGAAUCACGAUUUUGCCUAGUAAAACCUCCUUUAGCCGAUGGAGAUAAAACGAUGGACCAAUUUAUCAACGAGCUUCGUUUUCAGAAAGUGAAAUCUUGUCGCGAUCUUUCAGUUAUCGAUGCGCGUAUACGAAAUCGCACGAAAUAGUCGAGAAACGUGGCAUCGUUUCUGAAAUUCAAAGUUUACAUCUGUUUAAACGAAAAGCCCUAACUUUCGUUCUUUUUAGCGUUUAACGCGACCAAGGAAUUACAAUACUUGGAUAAUUGGCGAUAAAAAUAAAUAAUUAUAAGAUAAAGAAGAUAAAAUGAUUCGGUUUGAUGAAAAGAAAUGUUACUGUUAGCAAACAUAAUCGACAAAGAGUUUCGUACGCGUAUGUAAUCGACGAAUGUUGACAUUUGUUACAACAUAAUUUAAAUGUAUAAAGGAAUGUAAGAGAAAAGAAAUAAAGACUGUUGUGAUUUAA